AUUUAUGCUGGCACAUUUUAGUGAUUUUACCAAUCAUGUCUGCUCAACAAAACGUGUUGAAACUAAAAUUUUGACAUGUUUUAGAUCGCUUCAUCGAAAGGUCUCAAAAAGCACACUAACUUUGUUCAAUAAUUAACCUUCAUCCUUACUUCACUGCUUUUGACUCAAAAGUUUGACAAUCUGUUCGGCAGAACUAGUCUCGUUUUUUCGCGACAUUACGCCGAUUUCAUUGGCCAGAAGCUUUUAUGAGAAGCAAGUGUCGUUUUAAAAUGAAAAUUUUAAAAAGGCAAUAACAUUUCCAAGGAAGGUUAGUUGGAAAUGUAUAUGAAAGCCGCUUUACGCAAACCUCGUCAAAGAGUUUGGUUGACCGCGUAUAAAUGUGCAGUCAAUGUUGUUUGAGAAAACGUACAGGAGCAUGAGAAGGCGGAUUUCAUCAUUGUUGACAGAAAUCAAAACAGAGAUCCCAGCUAUGCUAAUCGACACGAAGGUUUUACAUGGACAGUGACUGCUGUAUAAAACAUGCCGAUAGUGCGAACUAGUACGCAAAAAACGAAGGCUUCUCGGCAGAUGCCAGCAUGUGUGGAAAUAUAGUUAUGCCUAGAGAUGACGCGAACUUCUUUCAAGGGCUGAAGUAUUUUAAUGUUAAACACUCUAACAUCUGUGAACGUUAACUACUAAAAUAAACUAAAAUUUGUAGGAUUGCUGUCGUCAAAUCCAUUCGUGGGACAGGUGUAGCACAAAUUCCAAGUCUGAUGGUGUUGUCAAAACUUCUUUGAUAAGCGAUUGCAUACCUGUGAAUGAAGUCAAAAGAACAACUCAUUGUCCUGGAUGUAUAGGAAGAAUUUCGGAAUUUUGAUAAGGCAUAAUUCCUAAUUGUCAACGCAAAGUAGAUUAUCUUGUUGAACCCUCAAUCAUUUGGACUAAUCAGCUCAUUUGGUCCAAACCUUUAUACCAUAUCACAAGCACAAACGCAAUCUUUCCGUAAGAGGAUAAAACGCUUAGCUUGUAUUUCCUCGGCCGCUUCUAGAGACACGUUACAGAGCGUAACCGAUGAAGACCAUGCGGCAAUCGAGCUUUUAUACAAUGCCAUUUUCUGUUUACGUGACUGCGACCACAUCUCACUACCUCUAAGUGUUCUGAAAGACAGAUUUCCGACAAAUUCAAGAGAUGAAAAACAACAGUUGCCAUGCACCCAUCUCUCAUUAAAUAAUUUUCAGUCGAUUUUUUUAGAAAUCUGGCGUUUAUAAAUGUCGCGGAUGGGGAAAAUUUGUAGAGAGUAUAUCCUUUCAGUAAUGGCGCCAUCCUGUGCCGCGAUUCAGUAUUUUGUUGUUAAGGGUUUGUUUUAAAAGAGUUGAAUGAGCUUUAUGUAAACAGAACCUCCCAAAAUCACAGAUCGGUUUAAGAAACCACAGGAAGGAAGCAUUGCAGACUUCGAAUACUUCCGACGAGUUUGAUGUCUAGCGUUACUCACGUUAUGACCGACAUACUAUACACCGACGGUCUAGAUACCUAACUUAUUGACUACAGUUCAAUAUCACUUUGUUACGAUCAAAUAUGACGAGGUUGUAUUACAAUAAAUCACACCGAAAAUCAUUCUAAUUCCUCUUCAACUGUACUACACUGUCAUGUGAUGACCGUCAACGUCAUUGAUUCAAAUUGAUUUAUGCUGCACCUGAAGAUCUCAACUGCUUUUUUGUUAAUUCAUCCUUGGGUAUCGGACCUAAGAGGUUUUUAAAUAAUUUUAAAUUGGCCUUUUCCACUCACAACGUUUUUUUGAGCAAAAAUUUCUAUAAAAGAGAGAGUAUUCUGCCUUUCAUUUUGGGUGAUCGGAAAUUGUCGUAUUUCCGCAAAGCUCAUGGAAGAUUUCUGAUCUUUUUAACCAGUACUUACAGAAUAAAUAAGUAAAUAUGCCGGGUUAUUAAGUCAAGAAGCUCAAGUAGAGGAUACACGUGUUAAAGGAACUACGUCUUGGUUUGUGUAUCCUGAAAAGCUUAGCGUAAAAUUUUCAGGGUCUUCGCUUGUAAUCCGUGUCAAUCUUCUCCGUGCUUAACUUUCCUUGUUCGUUUAUGGUUUAUUAUUAUCUCUUUGGUGUUUUUGCAUCUUCGCAAACUACUAUUUUCAAGUUUCCUUCAGUUAAAAGGUAUUUUUGGACGCGGCCAAAAUAUCGCGACUGCGUUAAAUUCUCUUCCUGGGAAUUAGCGGUGUUUUUCCUUGAAGUAUAUGCUUUAUUGCCAGCAUAAAUAAAUUGAUACACGAACUGCUUUGCAUUCCAAAGAGAACAGCUUGGCGCAGCAACCAAUUAACCUUUCUUACGGUUAAGUUGGGAUACAUGUGAAAAUAUUUCAGUCAUUUUUGUGUUAUCAGUUGUUAUUUCUCCUCUGAUAUGAUUUGACAGCUUAAUAUUAUUACUACCAGCUGGCCACUUAUCAAUAUAUUGGCAAUAUCGGUUAGAUUGUCGCUGAGCCAUCUAUAGCUGAUACUAGAUAACAAUUUUUUAUACAUUUUUUAGUGGUCAGUUACAAUUUUGGCAGCAAAGUAUCGUAUGGCUAACUUUUCUGCGCCGACAAAAGAAAAAACUAAGAAGAAAACGAGGUAGAAUUUUUUUGAACGGCUUGACAAAAUUUCGUUGUAUUGAUGAAUAAUGCGGGAUAACCACGACAAUUGAAGCUUGCUAAAUAAACGUUUGACAUGAAAUUAGGAAAUGCCCCGUCCACACUACUCCAGAGGAAUUUGAAAACGGAGGUUCCACUCUGAAAGCGUAUCAAAUGUUUUCGUCGGAGGAAUUUAAAAACGAAACAAUCACCCGUCAUUUUGGAUUUGUGUUCGAGGAAAAUUCGUGAUUAUCGCGACGUCAUCGUUUUCGAAAAGCUCGGUUUUCAAAACGUUCUCCGUACACAUUAAAACGAAACGUGUCGUUUUCAAAUUCCUCCGGUUUGAAAAGAUUUUUCCAAAAGCUCCGUUUUCGUGACGGAUUAGUGUGGACGAUGCCUUGAGCUGGCGGAAAGAAAACUGAAAACUUUUCUCGGUAAGCCAUGAUCCGUGGCAUUGCACUUAUGUCAGUAUUCUUGAUUUGUUUCUAGGUACACAUAAGUAAUGAAAAUAAUGAUAAAACAAUGAUACACGGUACAAUGGCCAUUCCUUCCUGAAACAAUAAAAUUGCAGCUGGUUGUGUUUUCAAUCUGCAAAUUGAAUGAGUCGUUUUAAGUUCGGAAUAAUACAAUAAGUUGAAUAAAAGAGUAAUCGCGCGUAUGAUCAGAAUUUGUUAUGUCACUUCGGCUUUAUAACCUUGUUUGUCAAAUCAAAGUCCUAGAGAUUUAUUUGCUUCAUGCACACUUCCUCGUACAAUCUCGUAGAGUUGUGAGCAAGCAGUUCCUCAGCAGCGGCAUGUUUAACCUUCUAUUAAUCUUCUAAAAACCGCAUUCAACACUCAACACUUGACUUUAUAAUUAUUACGAACAAACAGUAAUUAAUGCUCAUUCAUGUAUUCUCUAGAAACGCCUAUAUAACGGGGCAUAUCACUGAUGAUCACUGAUGUGUCGUUUAGCUCAAGGCAAGAUAACUGUAAGUUAAUUCCUGACAACAAAUUUAUCGACUCAUGGGUAGAUAAGGGUUUCAGUCGUGCCAUACGAUGUUUGGAAGACUUCUCAUGAGAGCCUUUGUUGUCCAACUAACCAAUCCGGCUCGCUACAACUGCCUUAACUCAAGUAGAACGCGCGCCCGCCAGAAAGGAAUCGCCCAGACGGAUUGCCUUAGCGAGAUGAACACUCUUCUCUCUUCUGUUUUGACUUCACUAGUGAUUGCUAUAUUCUUAGCAUUCCCGUCCAACGUCGCUGGGGCCCCCAGGCAACGAACUGUCAAUGACCACGACGAAGUAAUUGAAGGUGACAUACUGGUGACAGAACCUCUUAGAAAUGUCCUGAAGGCGGGCAAUUCAAGAGCCAAGCGUGAUAUUGUUAGCGACAUGGUUAAGAGGUGGCCGGAUGGAGUGGUGCCUUACAAGCUAGACUCUAGCCUCAAUAAAGAGGCCUUCAAAGCCAUUAGGAAAGCCAUACGCGAGUUUCACAAAAGAACUUGCGUCAAAUUCGUUCCUCACACCGACGAACACGACUUCGUGGAAUUCCAAGGAAAUUAUGGUUGUUUCUCGGCAAUUGGCCGUCAGGGAGGAAAGCAAAGAAUCUCUGUUGGAGAAGGAUGUGAAUACAAAGGAACUGUUAUGCACGAGAUGAUGCACGCUCUGGGAUUCUUUCACGAACAGUCUCGCACUGAUAGAGACAAUUAUAUUAUGGUAUUAUGGUGGAAUAUUGAGCCAGGAUUUGAACAGAACUUUGACAGUUACGGUCCAGACCGUGUGGACAGCGCCGAGGAACCGUACGACUUUGACAGCCUCAUGCACUACGACAACCAAGCCUUCAGCAAAAACGGCGACAACACACUGCAGUCGAUAUCAGAUCCUAACAGACCCCUGGGUAACAUGGACGACUUAAGCGUCAUCGACAUCAAGCAGUUAUUAAAGUAUUAUCCCUGUAAACCUUGGGAUAAGAAGCCUCCGAUUAACGGUGACACCAAGAAAGACAAAUCUGAAGAACGUAAAUGCCAAGACGUUUUCAAAAGAAAUUGCAAAUAUUUCGCAUCUCACAAUGGAUACUGUACCCACUGGAUGUCAUUUAUGAAGAAGUAUUGUCCAUACUCGUGUGGCUUUUGUAAGACGGCGGCGCCAGAUAAACGCCUGAAUAUAUGGAAAGGAGAAACCCACACCAAAUAACACACGUGCUCCGUUAUAAACAUAUUUAGGGAGUUCAGGGCGAUCUUUGCAGUCACGUGAUGUUACAGCACAACUAGCAACCUCACCCUGACCACUGUUAUCGCCGGCUGCUGACUCAUCUCUUUGCAGCAAGAAAAUCUCUGCAUCACCAUGCAUUGCAAAGUACAUGAAAAAUUUCUCUUAAAAUCAUCUAAUAGCUUCAUUUGGAAAGGAGUCCUAUAGUGAACCCUGUAACCAAAAGUUCUUUUAUACGUAUGGAAAGUACAAAGAAAUAUAUACAUAUUAGCUAGAGUUUUAACAUAAUUCUCUUUUAAUAAUAACUCCAUUCAUUUUUUUACGAUUUAUGAACACUGAUUGAAAAUAUGUAGCAAAUGAAAUACCAAACGUUAACGUUCAUAACUUUAACUUUGUACCUGAAAACACAAAAUAUUUUGCUAGUUAUUCGCCAGUUGAGCAUGCAUAUAAAAUAACAAUAGCCAUUCACUUAUAUGGGAAAUAUCGUAUGAUAUUAACUUCGGUUUCUAGUUAUAACAACAUUGCAUUCAUGUACCAUAUUGUCUGUGGGGAAGUGCACUGUAAAAACUUCUAGGUUUGUAACUAAGGUAAAAUGAAAACGAUGCUGCCAUAAUGUUCAUGUACAGUUGUAUAUGCCUCCCCUUGUAUUUGACAUAAUUAUGUAUUAUACUAGAUUAAUUUAUUGUUCAAUAUUUGAAGAACAUCCAUCUCUUAUACACUGUAUUUAUGUCCAGUUGAAAGUAUCAAUUUAUUUUCAAUGGACUUGGAUCGAUAUAUUUAACUUUAUUUUCUGGAGUUUAAGUUAUAUUACAUACAACAAAAGGCUGUAUGAGUUAAGGACUCAUAUUUUACCGAAUAAAGUCAAAGACAAAUUUA